AGAUAACUUUCUUACCUCGAAGGCAGUGGAUAGAAAAGGAAGCUCAGUCGAUCAAAAGUAUUAUGCAAAUGUUUCCAUGUCUCAAAUCAAAGCCAAUGCUUAUGAGUGAAUUUGAACGAAUCACUGGAGAAGGGAUGGUCCUAGUUGCUAUGGGCAGAUGGGACUUAUUGAUGAAAGUGCUGGGAUGCGAGCCCAACAACAUAGGUGAAGAAGUCGAAGCUGUUCACACGAUGGAGAAAGAAGUCAUGUCUCUGAAAAUGAAGAAGAAGGGAAUCAAUUCAAUAAUGAAGAAAAUCACGUCAUCUGGAGAUGGAGAAGAAGACAUUUUUACAGUUUCUCCAACAGUGACUGUUUUGGAACAAGUUGAAAGGGCAGCGAGAAUCAUCACACUGAUCGGUGCUGAAAAGACCCUUGUCGCUAAAUUGUCAGAGCCAGAACAACUUAUGGCAAAGACACUGACAACGUUAUUGGCUAUCUACUAUGUCUAUGACGUGAGCUACCCAGAAGAACAUUACUCUUUCUUGUGCCUGAUGCAAGAUGUCCUUUUGAGGGUCGCUGACAAAAGUUCAAGACCAACACGAACGAGGUCUUACGCUGCUUACCUGAUCAACGAAAUGGAUGAGCUUGCGAGUCAACAAGGACACUAUAGUAGCUGACUCUGUAACAGUUUGUUUUGCUUUAAAUAGAAGGUUGUGUUAUAGUCAGUUGGCUAUCAAUAGCAAAUUUGUGAAAGAAUUUUUAGUAGAUUGGAAGUGUAGAAAUAACACAGUUGGGCGUGUUGAACAACACACCUUCAGCAAAUAACACAUGUGUAGUGUGUUAUUUUGGGCUUUAAGGAAAUAACACGCCUUUGUGUGUUAAAAUAACACAUUUGGAAGUGUAGAAAUAGCACAGUUGGGCGUGUUGAAACAACACACUCAGCAAACAACACAUGUGUAGUGUGUUAUUUUGGGCUUCAAGGAAAUAACACGCCUUUGUGUGUUAAAACAACA